AUGGCCAGUGUCGCAGAGAAAGUCCAGAAGCUCCGCGCUCUGGUCAGCCUCUUGCAGGACGCCUCAGAGACAAUCAUCGCAGAUUGGAGGGCCGAUUCCGCCGCCACAGACUCGGGAAAGGACAGCGUCUGGAAUUCCUCCGUUCCUUCGCCGGCGCUGUAUGAAGCGCGUCGCGUCGCCCUCGGUGCAUGCGGAAUGUACAUCGACCUCGUCCAGGACUCAGCUACGCGCCUGACAGAGGUGGCCUCCUCUUACCUUCCCGCACGAGCUUUGCACAUAGCUGUGCGUGCAAAAAUAGCUGACUUCUUGGCAAGUGCCGAUCAAAACGAAGGAAUACAUAUUGCGGUUCUAAGCCGAGAGGUGGGCAUAGGGGAGCAAAAGCUGUUGCAAAUUCUGCGAUGUCUCGCAUGUAUCCAUAUCUUCGCUGAGGUACAACAUAACCGUUUCGCGAAUACCCCGACAAGCAUGCGUAUCGCUAACGACGAUCUCAUCCGGCUUCACAGAACGACCGAAGCAAAUGUCGCAGCUGUAAAUCUACCGGAUGUUGUGCUGGAUCCCGGCAAGACGUUCUCCACAUCAAUCCGCGACUCGGCCUUCAAUGUUACAUACGGAACUGACAAACCACUUUUCGAAUACGUCGAGUACGCAGAGGAGCAUGGAAAAGACUCUACGACAUCAUUACCUUUCACACCACCUAAUGUUUGGGCUAAAGGCAUGGUGGCCAGUGGUCAACUUGAAAGUGUCCCUAUAUUUGCUGACUACCCAUGGGGGGACUUGGGGAAGCGGGUGAUUGUAGAUGUCGGCGGUGGGAUCGGUGGGCUGAGCUUGCAGCUUGCAAUGCGGUUCCCGAAACUUCAAUUCGUAGUGCAAGACAGGCCCCAAAUGAUUCAGCAGGCACGGGAAGCUUGGGAGAAAGACUUCCCUGUCGCCCUUGAAGAAGAGCGUGUCCAGUUCAUGGCGCAUGACUUUUUUACGGAACAAACUGUUCGGGAGGCAGAUGUUUAUGUCUUGAGGCAAAUCCUGCACGACUGGCCCGACGAUGACUGUAUCACGAUACUCGGUCAUCUGCGCCAGGCUAUGAGGCGUGAUUCCUGCAUCCUCGUUGUUGAUAUUAUUAUACAUCCCAGCGUCGGCUCUUCUUGCCUGAAGGACGCUCCACCUCCCCUUCUGCGGAACUAUGGAUCCGCACAGCUUGUUGGAAGCACCCGCGACCUCGCGAUGCUCACUUUGUUUAAUGCUUGUGAGCGCACCCCGGAGCACUUGAGCACGUUGGCAAUGGCCGCAGGGCUAAGGCUGGAGAAGGUUUGGGAGUGUCGGGGAAUGAACCACGUUACAGAACUGAGGAGAGAUGACACCAGCCCCACAUUCGAAGCCGGUUCGGAACCGGCAAGUAGCCUGUGA